AUGCUGUGGCUGAAGAUGGGCCCUUCUGCAAUGUUGGCCCUCCACGCUCUGCUGGCACUUAUGGCUGUGACCCCUGUUGCACCUCACCCCUGCCCCCGGCCGUGCUCCUGCCCACAACCCACAGAACUACACUGCACCUUCCGCUCCCUCACCACAGUGCCAGCUGCUGUGUGGAAGCAUGUGGAGCGCAUGAACCUGGGGUUCAACAGCAUUAGUAAGGUUACAGAAAAAUCCCUGUCUGGAUUGAGGCAGCUGGAGCUCCUGCUGCUUCAUGGGAAUGACAUCCACAAUCUCCCUGAUGGUACAUUCAGGGACCUCGUGUCUCUUCAGAUGUUAAAGAUGAGCUACAACAAACUGCAGGAGAUCAACAGAAACACUCUUCAGGGUUUGUGGUCUUUGGCCAGAUUGCACAUAGAUCACAACCGACUGGAGUUCAUCCACCCCGACACCUUUCAGGGUCUCACGUCUUUACGGUUGCUGCAACUGGAAGGCAACCGGCUUCAGCAGCUCCAUCCAGCCACCUUUGCCACCUUCACCCUCAUUGGCCACUUCCACAUCUCCACAUUGAGAAUCCUCUAUCUGUCAGACAAUGAGCUGGUAACACUGCCCCCCAAGCUACUGAUGGCCAUGACCAAGCUGGAGAACCUGUACCUCCAUGGGAACCCAUGGACCUGUGACUGCAACAUGAGGUGGCUCCACAACUGGGAUAAAACUUCACCAGGCAUAUUAAAAUGCAAAAAGGACAGGGCCCUUCCUGGUGGCCAGUUGUGUCCUACGUGCUCCUCACCCAAGCACCUCCAGGGGAAGGUGCUCCAAGCUGUGGAGAACCUGGUCUGCAGCAGCCCAGUCAUCAGUGCUCCCCAUAGGACUACUCCACCUGCGGAUGCUGAGACUGAGGUCUUGACCACUGAGGACUUCAAAGAACCAUUUGGUAACAUUUCCCUUGGCCUGUCAGAUGAACAUGGGAACAAGGUGGAUCUAAAGUGUAGCAUUGGUGAGCCUAGCGGGACUACCAACAUCACAUGGGCGCAAGUCAACCAGUUUCAUCUAGUCACCAACAUCACUUUGUCAGUGGAUCUUGAAUGCCAAGUUGAUAGACAUAAGUAUGAGGCACUGUGGAGGAUCAUUGCAUAUUACAGUAACAUGCCAGCACACUUAGAGAGAGAGAUGAUACUGAGCGAGGAGCCUAAUCUGACCUAUGUGUACAGACAGGAUUCCAUAAGAGAUGCAUUGUACUACACACGUGUUCAGGCUAAUAUCAUGGCUAAGCCACAAUGGCUGAUGCAGACAUCUGUGGACCUUCAGCUGAACAGACCAAAAUCUUCAGAAAAAAUGGUGAAGCUGAUCCUCAACACCUAUCUCUCAGAGGCAAUUGAGAAAGAGCUGGUGCGAAGACAGACAAGGGCAUGGGUCAUGAUUAAGUCAAGAAAUAGUACCCGACAAGUACUGAGUGCUAUCUUGGGUGCCCCUACACAUAUGGACUGCAACAUCUACAGUUCUGGUGAACCAGCUAUCAGUUGGAUUUUUCCAGAUGAUGUGAAGAUAGAGGCACCAUACAGCACUCCAGACAACAGAGUAUCUGUGUCUAGAAAUGGACAGCUGGUCAUUAAAACUGUCAGUCACACAGAUGCAGGAGUUUACUACUGCAGUGCCAUGGUGAGUGGAGACCUUGCUGUCCUGCCAUUCCAUUUGACAGUACAAGAAUCUUCAAGUCCUUCCCCAGGGGAGGACACCUCACUUACAGCAAUUAACAGAUUUGUAGGAAGCCCAAUUUCUCUUCCUUGCCCAGUCUACAGCUCCCCUGAUGCUGAAAUUAACUGGAUACUACCAAACAGCAACAUAGUUGGUUUCCACACCAACUCCUCCAGAGCUCGGAUCUAUUCUAAUGGCACUCUUUAUCUUGGCCAGAGUCAACUUUUGGACAGUGGAUUUUAUAAAUGCAUUGCCAUGAAUCUACAUGGUGUGGACACUCGAGCUACAAAAGUAACUCUCAUCAGACGCAAAGGGCCGAUAAGACCUGUGAGGAAAUUUCCCACUAAACCUCAGUCAGCUGCACGGGAGGAUACUAAGAUGAUAGAUCUGAGUGAGGACACAGCAGAGGCAUCAGGUGAGGUCGAAGUGACUCAGGUGAAUGUGCCAAAAGAUCAUCCAGAUGUUUUGAGAAGCAGAGUUUCAGGAAGGGGGGACACAGGGAGGAGCAGUUUGCAUCCAGUGAAGAACACCUGGCGGAGGCAACCGGUGCAGAGAAAAACUGUGGGCGCCCGUGUUGAAGCCAGGAAGAAAACAGCUGAGAGCAGGAGAAGGAUUAACAUACCAAAUAAUAAAUUAGACCCAAAGAAAUGGGCACACAUUUUGGCUAAGGUUAGGGAUAGAAAUGCUCAGAGUGCUGUAACAUCAAAUCCAGUUCAGCACAUGACUUUGAGAGAACAGAGUUCAGAAAGAGGACAGACAACUCAGUCACAAGAAAACACUGAAGGGUCAUCAGAUGGGAAGAUGACACAGGUCACCACACCAUUCACAAAUAUAAAAACUACCCUCAACAAUACUCAAGGUCCUGACACAGAUAUAACACAGACAUUAUACAGUAACCAUGAUAUGAACACACACAGCACUUCUACUCCAGCAGGCCAACACACAGCACACACUCCAUCCACUGCACGUCACACAACUCCUCACAUAAACUUGAAUUCACACACUUCAGCCAGAUUACAGAACACAGCUGCUCCGCUACACACUGUCACUCGCUGGCAGACAAACACAAACAUCACCGACAGCAGCACUAGUUUUUCUACACAAAAGAGCCAGAACACAAAUACAGAUGUUGAAAGAGUCACUGCUGAUACGUCCCAGGCUUUGGAGAAGAGCAAGGAUAGAGAUACUUCAAAUAUUGUUGCCAACUCUAACAAGAAGAAAACUUUAGCAUCAUAUACAAAACCAAACAUUGCAGCACAUGACAUUUUACGCUCUGAGAUGAGGUUGAUAACAGCUUCUUCAGCUCUUACGGAGAAUCAAAUUGAAGAAAAUUUGCCCGCACGCCUCCAACAACUGAAUAAAAAAGGUAAGGAUGGAAGAAGAAGAUUGAACAGAAGGAAACAAAAGCUGAAUAAAGUCCCAGAGUUUGUUACCACCACACUUUGGGAUCCCCAUUUUCCUGCAGUCAGGACCACCGCCUCCACACAGCUAAAAAUAGAGUCACCAGAAGUUACAGUGGCCAAUUUCAAUACCACUGUUCCAUUCAGCAGCCGCCAAGUAGCGUCAUUAGACAGACUGAGUCACAAAGAAAGCACAGUCUCCAGGCAUCACAGCGAGGCAGCCACCAAAAGCUCUUCACUUCCAGUUUCUACCCCUGAAACAAAGAACCUCCUUCUACCAUUGGCCAAACCACCCUUCGAUUGCACAUCAACAGCUCCAUCAUUUCCAACAGCCACUCCUGAAGCAGGUCGUGGAAAAAUCGUAACUGAAAUACCCUUCAUAAUCUUGAAGAGUGCAUCUCCUACAGUGGCUAUAGAUAUGUCCACCACCAGCCAGCAGAGGUUAAUGAGCAGCACUCACAUUCCUCUUAAACCUUUAUUAGAGGCACAAAACAUAGGCAUUAUGAGAGGCUUUGGAUCUAUUAGUUCUGACAAUUUUUCUGGGGAUCUUCACAUGGCAAUACAAAUGGAAGCAGAUGUGGACCAGAAUCAACUAGACCAUCAAGACACACCCACUAAAAAGAAUGAACAAAUGCUUCUGAACUAUCUGCUACCUGACUCAGUUACUCCUGCUUUUAAGCAAGACGUCCAAUCAACCACUGACACAUACAAUCCCUUCACUGAAAGUGGUUUCAUCACAACACUGGGCACCAGGUUUUUACAAGGCAAACUGUUGACAGAGCAAGUUACCACAGUCAAACCUGAAAGGCUGCAUCCAAGCAAUGCUAAUGAUGACGCCGAUAGUAGAAAAAACAAUGUAACAGCACUUCCCUUUCCUACUCCAUCAAGACCUGUGAUCUCCCCCACAAGUACAGCACCACUUCCAACAGAUGCUAAAUUGAUCUCCCAACUGCUUCCACCAAGACCUGCCUUCCAGGAGGGUCCCAGGAUCAAUGACCUUCCAGGUAGACAAGACUCAGAGUUCCCUGCUAUUACUACUAGGGCAACACCAAACACAGGAUCAUAUUCUGAUCCUACAACCCAGUUAGCUGACCCCAAACAGCUUGUGAUUACUAGUAUAAAUCCACCUUCCUCACCCAUAAAAUUAACUAGCGUGCAAGGAGUCAAGCCCACCCCUAUUCCAACAUUCCAGACUUACCAACAUGGAGCAGGACGAACAACAAGCACUCAGGAUGUACCUCAGAAGCACAAAUUACCUGAACAAAGUUCAGUUCUAAGAGGAAAACCAAGGAUAAUUGCAAACAAUUUCCAGACUUUCAAAGUCAAAGUUGAAACAGAUGCUCAACUUCCCUGUGAGGCUGUGGGGGAGCCAAUGCCCUUCCUGUCAUGGACUAAAGUUGCAACUGGAGCAAGUAUAGCUCAGAACACCAGGGUCCAGAGGUUUGAGGUCCAUCCAAAUGGUACAUUAAUCAUCAGGAAUACACAGCUGAUGGAUCAGGGUCAGUACAUGUGCAUGAUCCAGAACCAGUUUGGCUCAGACAAGGCAACAGUCAACCUCAUGGUUCUGUCUGAGCACCCACGGAUCCUCCAGCCUCGCCACAGAGACAUGAUUGUGCGUCCAGGGGGCACUGUUAACUUGGAGUGUAAAAUUGAUGGACACCCCACACCCCGUGUUACAUGGGAACUCCCUAACCGUGUCCAUAUGACUGCUGCACCACCUAGUGGUGCCUCUCACCAGCGUGUUGCUGUCAUCCAUAAUGGCACCCUCCAUAUAACCCGGGCAGUUUAUGCAGACAGGGGAAUUUAUAAGUGCAUUGGCAGCAGUUCAGUGGGGUCCGAUACAGUGUCUGUCCGUCUGUUUGUCUUAGCACUGCCACCUGUGAUUCAGCAACCAAAGCAUGAGGACAGAACUGUCGUAGAGGGUAGCAGUGCCUACCUCCACUGCACUGCCACAGGUGCACCCACACCUCAUAUCCACUGGAUCACACCUGAUGGUCUCCAGCUAACCGCCUCUCAGGCUUUCACUACCCACACCAUCUUUGUCUUCCUCAAUGGGACUUUGUACUUGCAUAGACUGGGCAUGGGGAAUGCUGGGAAAUAUGAGUGCACAGCAAGUAAUGCUGUGGCAGCUAGCAGGAGAACAGUGACAUUGAGCAUACGAAGGAAUGCCUCUUCCUCCACCAAGGCCAGGACUACCUCCUCAUCACCAAGGAAGACAGAUGUGAUCUAUGGUGGAAACCUUGUGCUAAAUUGCCUGGCAACAGGGGUGCCAGAGCCUCGGAUAAUCUGGAGGACACCCUCUAAGAAAUUGGUUGAUGCUCAUUACAGCUAUGACACCAGAAUCAAGGUCUUCCCCAAUGGCACCAUUGCCAUUCACUCUGUGAAUAAGAAGGACAGCGGUGACUACCUGUGUGUGGCACGCAACAGGGGGGGUGAUGACUACAUUCUGCUGGGGGUCAACGUGUUGACCAAGCCAGCCAUGAUUGAGCACAAGCAGGAGCGGUCCAGUCAGGAGGUGGUGUAUGGUGGAGACCUGAAGGUGGACUGCGUAGCCUCUGGCCUUCCUGACCCUGAAAUCACCUGGGCAUUGCCAGAUGGAACAAUGGUCAAUCCAGUCAAACACAGAGAGAGUGUGAAUGUGGGACGCAGUCGCAGGUAUGUGGUGUUUGACAAUGGGACCCUGUACUUCAAUGACGUGGGCAUGCAAGAAGAAGGUGACUACACAUGCUAUGCAGAGAACCAACUUGGCAAAGAUGAAAUGAAGGUCAAAAUCAAGGUUAAGGUUUCAGCUGCCAAACCACAAAUUAAGGAUAAAGAGCCAAAGAGCAUCAGUGUUUCCUAUGGUGAGAGAGUUUCAUUGAAGUGUAGUGCCAACGGAGAACCAGCACCUGAUAUUACAUGGAUAUCUCCAACCAAGAGAGUAAUUUCUUCUGCCUUAGAUAAAUACCAGGUCUUCAAUGAUGGAACAUUGGUGAUUCAAAAGGCCCAACGUCUUGAUGGUGGUAACUACACCUGCACAGCCAAGAACAGUGCAGGACAGGACCAUCAUGUCAUCAGGGUGGAGGUGGUGGUAAUACCUCCAAUGAUUAAUGGGUUAAGAGGCACUACAAACACCAUCAAUGUGACUGCAGUCCAGGAUCAGAGAAAGCUGAUGGACUGCAAGGCAAAGGGAAGUCCCACCCCAAAUGUUAUAUGGGUUUUGCCAGGAAAUGUUGUUCUUCCUGCCCCAUACUUCAGAAACAGAAUGAUUGUUCACCAAAACGGGACCCUGGAAAUCCGGUCACCCAAGCAAACAGACUCAGGAAAGUUGACUUGCAUUGCUCGUAAUGAAGGUGGUGAGGUCAGUCUGGUUGUGAACUUGACUGUUAAAGAGAAGGUUGAGAAGCUACAAAUCAGAGACUAUACAGCAGAUAGCAUGCCACUAGUAGCAGGGAAUGUUAUUAUUCUUAAUUGUUCCUCUGAUCAUGCAAUGCACCCUCACAUCACCUGGCUACUACCCAGUGGUACACCACUGGUGAGUGGUGCUCGGUUCUCUAAGUUUUUCCACAGGCCUGAUGGCUCUUUGAUCAUCAGCAACCCUUCCCUGGCUGAAGUCGGUAGGUAUCGUUGCUUGGGGCAUAAUUUUGGAGGUGUGGUAGAGCAUACAAUCACAGUGUCCCCAGGGAGAAAGCCACAGAUCAAUAACAGAUAUAACAAUCCUGUCAGUGUCACUAAAGGGGACACACUUUUGCUCCAUUGUGUAACCAAUGGGACACCCCUCAGACUAACAUGGACGCUGCCCAGUGGAGUUGUCCUCAACAACAAACAACAAGCUGGACGAUAUGCUGUCCUGUCUAAUGGGACACUUGCAAUUGAACAAGUUUCUAUUUAUGAUAGAGGAUCGUAUGUAUGCAGAGCAGCAAAUGAGUAUGGCACUUCUCUGCUUACUGUGUCAGUAGUUGUGAGGGCAUACCCCCCUCAAAUUACCAAUGGUCCUCCCUCUGUAACUUACGCUAAAAGUGGAGUUGCUGUUCAGUUGAACUGUGUAGUGACUGGGGUCCCUAGAGCAGAGGUAACAUGGGAAACACCUGAUAAGACCCUCUUAACUGUUGGUAGACAGCCACAGCUUUUUGGAAAUAAGUACCUCCAUCCACAAGGUUCCCUCAUCAUUCAGAACCCAACACAAAAAGACACUGGUGUCUACCGAUGCAUAGCCAGGAAUGCCAUUGGAAUAGACUCUAAAUCAUCAUAUCUCAAUGUAUUCUGAAAAUUUUCACUUCUCAUCUUAGCUCACUGUCAUCUGUUUCAUUAUCCAUAUACAGUAAAACUCACCUAAACCGUCAUCAUAUAAACCAAAUACUCGCACUGACUGGACAAAAGCAAGAAUCCCAAUGUUUUUGUAUGGUUUUCCAUGUAAC